AAAAGAAAAAGAGUCAAACCCCGCAUUAAACCCUAAUUUACGUGAUUUGCAUUAGCCAAGGAGCUUGGCCGCAUAGGUGGCCGUGGCCAUUGCAAUAUGCAGAGCGAGUUCUCCGAUGCGAAGAAGCACAGAGAGGAGGAAAACCCUCAAACACUCGCUUCCCCGGAACAUGGCACUGAGAAGAAGAAGAAGAAGAAGAGAAAGAGAAAGAAGAUAACCGAGGAAUCAAAUGAGCAGCCCCAGGUUGAGGUAUGCCCUAAACCCUUUGCAGACUCAUUAGUCUCGAUUGUUCCACAAGAGGAAAAUGCUGAAACAUCUACGCAGAACCCUAACCCACCCCCCCGGAAAAAGAAGAAGAAGAAUAGUGUUCAAGGUGCAGAGCAAGUUCAAACACUUGAUCCUUCGAUCCUCUUAGGCGUGGAACCUGAUGUUACGAAGGAAGAAGGGGCACAACAAGCUUCAGACCUGCCAGCUGAAACAAUUACGCAAAACCGUGCCCCAACCCCCAAGAAAAACAAGAAGGAUGUGCAAGGUGCACAACAGCAACUUCCGAUAUGUGACCCUUCAAAUCCGACAGGUGUGGAACCCAAUUUUGCGAAGGAAGAAGCAACACAACAAGGUGAUGCAAAUGAAACUGCGGUCCCUGGAAUAAAUGAAGAACGCCCUGGACCUGAUUCAAUGCCUCUGGAAGACACUCCCCGGAAAAAGAAGUCCGCAGGGAAAAAGAAGAAUGUGCUUAUUAAGCCCCACGGGGCUAAACUUGAACUAGAAUCAAAGGAGUCCAAUAAUACAGAGCACCCUCAACAAUGCUCCUCAGACUCAGAACUGAAAAUGAAGAUGAAAAAAGGGGCAGAAGCCAAUGCUGAGAACUCUGCACUGUGCCCUAAACCUGAAUUGGCGCUCCCAAAUGACAAAUCAAUCCCUAUUGAUUCAGUAGUGAACAAAAGGACAGUACCAACUGAAGCUAAGGUGGAAGAUCCUCAAGCGUGUUCUAAACCCAAGUUAGCAUCCUCAAUAGACUUGCCAGCUCCAACAAACCCAGAAAAGAAAAAAGAGGCAGAACCUAUCCAAAACCCUGAAGCACGUGUUGAACCCCCUCAACCUCAAUCUUGCCCUGCAUCAUGUGCAGAGUCUCCGGGUAAUCCAGCAAUUCCAAUUGAUCAGAGCAGAAGAAAACAAAAAAGCAAGAGGGGAAAAGAAAAAAUAAUAAUGUGCUCAGAAGAGAAGGUGGAGAACCAAGGGAGCUCAUUGCAUAUGGACAUAACCCUCAACCAGGUUCCAGACCAGGUCCAACAAGGCCAAACAACCCCAAUAAGCCUACAACCAGCAUCCCUGACAGACCAUACAAUCCCGGUGCAUCCAGCAACCCCAAUAGACCCAGAACAGACGAUGAAGAAGAAAAAGAAGAAGCAAAGGAAGAAUGCGCUGGAGUGGGAAGAGCUUAAUGAUAAUAAAAAUUGUACAGAGCUGCCAGAAAUCUCAAUUCAGACAUCUCCAUGCCUUAUAGAAGCAUCCCCAAUAGACCCAGCAAUUCCAAUGGGCUCUUGCCUUACAAUCCCAAUAUGUCCAGCAAUCUCAGCAGACCCCGAACAGGAGAUGUCAAAGAAAAAGAAGAAAAGGAAGAGUGUGCUUAAAAGUGAAGCAGCAGAACCCAAUGAACAUAACAAGCUGCCUGAAGCUGCUCCGCCCGAUGCCCCUGUUCAGAAAUCUAUAUACCAUAUAGAUGCACCCUCAAUCGACCCAAUAAUCCCAAUGGGCCCAUCUCCCCCUGUAGACACAGAAACCCCAAUAGACCAAGGUCAGGAGAUGACCAAGAAAAAGAGGAAGAAGAAAAAGAGGAUUGUGAUCAUAACUGAAGGGACAGAAACCAACGAACACGGUGUCAAGCCAUCUGAAACCCCAGUUGAAAGAUUUACAUAUCCUACAGUAGCAACCUCAAUAGACCCAAAAAUUCCAGUCCUAGCUCCCCCAAUAGACACAGCAACCCCAAUAAACCAAAGUCAGAAGACUGGCAAGAAAAAGAGGAAGAUGAGUGCCCUUAUAAGCAAAGGGGCAGAACCCAAUGAACAUGAUGACAAGCCAGCUGGAACUCCUGUUCAGAGAUCUAUACAUUCUAUAGCAGAACCCUCAAUAGACCCAACUAUUCCAACAAGCCAAGCUCCCCCAGUAGACCCAGCAACCCUGGUAGACCCAGAACCGAUGACCAAGAAAAAGAGGAAGAAAAGGAACAGUGCACUAAAAAAUGAAGGGUUAGAAUCUGAGAAACACAAUGCUGAUCCAACUGCAGAAACCCCAGUUCAAAAAACUGAAGGAUCCACAACUGAAAAUUUUAAGGGCAGAUGCAAUGCCGGGCCAGCAGGUAAAACCCCAGUUCAGAGAACUGACAGUCUCAGAGUGACUAAAUCUCCCUUUAAACAUCAUGGUGAAAGUUCCUUGAGAUGCCGGGCAUGCCGACAGCCUGGUCACAGAUUCCAACAAUGCCAGAGGCUGAAAUGUCUUUCCAGGGAUGAGGAAGUUUGCUUCUUUUGUGGGGAAAUUGGACAUUCACUUGGAAAGUGCAAUGUGUCUCAAGCAGGGGGAGGAAGGUUUGCUAAGUGCUUACUCUGUUAUGAACAUGGACACUUCAGCUAUAACUGCCCUCAAAAUGGUCAUGGAAUUGAUCCAAAGGUGCUUGAGGACAAUGGAGCUAUCAAUAGAACAGCAGUGGAAAGCUCAAAGAGAGCUCUUGCGAGGUUUAAUAUGUGAGCAUGGAUAGUCUUUCGGAUGACUCCAAGUCAAUUUACACUAGUUUUGAUGAUUUUAUAUCAUGUCUGGUAGGCAUGGUGUCCCAAUUUUUUCAUUUUUUUUUUAAUUUCAAAUUCUCUUAUGUAACAUAAACGGUAAUAUUAUUUCAGACCUUAUUGGGUUUUCGAAUCCAUUUUUGUAUUACUUUUCUACGUUGAGAUUAGCUAGGGUGGCGUGCAAUGAAUUUUUUGGGCAACGAGGUAGAAUUAAGAUAGUGGAGUAAUAAGUUAAACACGAGAAAUGGCCCCCAAAUUUCUGAAUUCAGUUGAUGAUAAUUGUUGAGACAAUUUGGUUGCAGUCCCUCGGAAUAUAGAAUGGAUUGCCUCUCUUGAGUAA